GCACGAGGCGACAGCUGAAGUGUGAACGCGCGCCUGGAAAUGCGCGUUCACCGGAGAGCAGGCGACUUUUUCCGGAAGGCGCACGUCACGGCGGCAGACACUCCACUCUGCGCACUUUGCUACACGUCUCGGGAAUUAUUACCUUUUUUUGGGACGUAAACGCCAGCAGCAGUAAGAGACCUGCUUCCUGUCACCUGUGCAGACAUGGCUGAGGUGGAGGCCGCGGUCCUGGCGGAGAAGGAGGCCGAGGUGAACGGCGUGGGGCGUGGCCACCGAGACGUGGCGGAGAAGGAGGCCGAGGUGAACGGCGUGGGCCGUGGCGAGCCGGACAAAGUCUGCGGAGAGAAGAGCAAAAGAAGGAAAGCUGCUAAAAGCCAGCAGGAGGAGGACGAGCGAGCUGACACGGACCUGCAGGACAAUAUUUCUGAUUUGAUGCUGAAAAAAGAGAAACUGCUGCGAUCCAAGAAGCCGGUGGCCAGAAGCUACGUGCCCAGCCUGAACAAAGAGAAGGGCGACGUCACCAACAAGUUUGCCAGCAUGCAGAAAGCCAGAGAGGAGCGAAGCAGGCAGAGGAGCCGAGAACAGCAGCAGAAGAGGAAGGACCAGUAUGUCAAGGAGAGGGAGUGGAGCCGCAGGAAGCAGCAGAUGAAAGAACUCCUGGCUUCCAGCGAUGAGGAGGAAGACGUGAAGACCAAGGUGGAGAAGUCCUACGUGCCCAAGAUCACAGGCAGUGUGAAGGGCAAGUUUGCUGAGAUGGAGAAGCAGCGUCAGGAGGGCGAGAAGAAGAAGAUGGAGGGAGAGAGGAAGAGGAGGGAGGCCCAGGACAACAUGGAGAAGGACAAAAUCACACGGGAGUUGGCCAAGAAGGCGGCGGAGGAAGGAGACGACACCUUCCUGGUCAAGGUGGUUCCUAUGAAGUCGUCACGAGCGCCGGGCAAAAUCAAAGUGAACUUUGAAGACAUGGAGAAGAGUCGAGAGGAGGAGCUGCAGAAGGCGGCGGAGGACGAGAAGAAGCGGCGAUACGAUGAAAACAAGCGCUCCUUCAGGGAAGCCAAGCGGCGCUCCAUUGUCCCGGAGGAGGACCAGGACAAGCCGGCAGAGAGGACCCAGGCCACUCCCGGGAAGCUGAAGAUGACCUUUGAGGAGCUGGAGCGGGAAAGGCAAGAGCAGAGGAAGAAGAAAGGCGAGGAGGAAGCCAAGCGACGCCUGCAGCAGGAGAAGAAAGCUUUUGAGGAGGCCCGACUGGGAUUGGACCAGGACCAGGACCAGGAAGACAGCCUGCAGUCACACGCUCAGGACGACAAGGAGGAGUUCCGACCUGGAAAACUGCGGCUGAGCUUUGAAGAAGUGGAGAGGCAAAGGGUGGAGGAGGAGCGCAAGAAGGCGGAGGAGGAGGCCAGGAGGCGGAUGGAGGAGGAGAGGAGAGCUUUUGCCGAGGCCAGGAAGAGCAUGCUCGUGGACGAGGACGACGAGGUCCUGAUGGCCUUACUCAACCUGGAGGGCAGCGAGCCCGGGAAGAUCUGCGCCAGCUUUGAGGAUCUGGAGCGGCAGAGGAGAGAAGAAGAGCAGAAGAAGGCGGAGGAGGAGGCCAAGAAGAGACUGGAGGAGGAGAAGAAACUCUUUGCUGAGGCCCGUAAAAGCAUGGUGAGACAAGACAGCAACCACUAGUCAAUAGUCUACAAC